AGGCCCUCGAUCGAGUAAGUCAAGUUCUCAACAAAUAGAACAGCGACUGAGUGAGUGAGAGCGUGACCCAUCUUGGAUCUAUCUGAUCGGCUGGAAACAACAUGUGGAACAAAGUGAGCGUGGCACCCCUUCGCCAUUGGCACGCCCUGGCCCAACCCAUUCGCCAUGCCUCGGGCAAUGUCCGGACGGUCACUUUGAUCCCUGGAGACGGUAUUGGACCCGAGAUUGCCGUGGCCGUUCAGAGGAUCUUUGAGGCGGCCGAGGCACCGAUUGCCUGGGAAGCCGUGGACGUCACUCCGGUCAAGAACCCCGAUGGCACGAUGGGCAUUCCCAAGGCGGCCAUUGACUCGGUCAACAAGAACCAAAUCGGCCUCAAGAGUCCGUUGAUGACGCCCGUGGGUAAAGGCUUCCGCUCGCUCAACUUGCAGCUCCGCAAAGAGUUCUCCUUGUACGCCAAUGUCCGUCCGUGCAAGUCCAUCGAAGGGUACAAGACCCUCUACGACGACGUGGAUCUGGUCACGAUCCGCGAGAACACUGAGGGCGAGUACUCGGGCAUUGAGCACGAGAUUGUGAGCGGUGUGGUGCAGAGCAUCAAGCUCAUCACCGAGAACGCCUCCCGUCGGGUGGCCGAAUUCGCCUUUGAAUAUGCCAAAAAUAACAACCGCAGUAAGGUCACGGCCGUCCACAAGGCCAACAUCAUGCGGAUGUCCGACGGGCUGUUUCUACGGUGUUGUCGCGAGGCGGCGGAAAAACACCCCGAGGUCAAGUUCGAGGAGAAGUAUUUGGACACGGUGUGCUUGAACAUGGUGCAGGAUCCCACCCAAUACGAUGUACUAGUCAUGCCCAACUUGUACGGAGACAUCAUCUCAGAUCUGUGCGCGGGUCUCAUCGGCGGGUUAGGCUUGACCCCGUCGGGCAACGUAGGCACGGGGGGUGCCAUUUUCGAGGCCGUUCACGGCACGGCCCCCGAUAUCGCGGGUCACGACAAGGCCAACCCCACCGCUCUCCUCCUCUCGUCGGUCAUGAUGUUGAGGUACAUGGACUUGUACGACCACGCCCAGCGCAUCGAGACGGCCUGUUUCGAGGUCAUCCGUGAAGGCCAGACCAUCACGGGCGAUUUAGGCGGGCAGGCCAAGUGCUCGGAGUACACGGACGCCAUCAUUCGAAAAUUGGAGGCGGGGCAAUAAGAACGCAAUAAAUAGGGUGUGUGCGCGAAACGGACGAUCUUUGGCCGCCAUAAGUGGUGGUGGAUGGGUUCCAAGAGAAAUGGGUGGAUUCAAAAUAUGAACUAUGGGUCUUUUUCGCAAAUCUAAUUACCAAAUAUAACUAGAUAGAUAUUAAACUUGAAUAGCUUCAAGAAUACAUUCUACCACGUCGUGCGUUA